AACCAUGGAUCAUGGAGCGUUCAGGCGGAGGACGACGUCCGCCAUGGCGCCUGCGUGUCAGCAGAGGCGGCUGCGGCUCACCAGCAGUGGCCACACGAUAGCACAGCUGCAGCAUCUGAGGACACAUGAGGAGGAGGAGGAGGAGGAGGAGGAGGAGGAGGAGGAGGAGGAGGAGGAGGAGGAGGAGGAGGAGGAGGAGGAGGAGGAGGAGGAGGAGGAGGAGGAGGAGGAGGAGGAGGAGGAUGAGGAGGAGGAGGAGGAGGAGGAGGAGGAGGAGGAGGAGGAGGAGGAGGAGGAGGAGGAGGAGGAGGAGGAGGGGGAGGAGGAGGAGGAGGAGUAGGAACCAGUAGCAUGCAAGUGCGGCG